UGCAUUACAGUAUACUAUGGUCACUAGGUUUGGAAGGAAAUAGCUGACCCUUGUUCCAAUCGUCGCGAGUCUGGCACUUAGGUAGCCGAGCCGAACCGGUUCAAGAUGGAGGCAUCAGAGGAACUGCCGGAAGCGCUUCCCAGGCGCCGCGACCUGGACUUUGGCUCCGAGGAUGACCUGCUCCGGCAGCAGGAAGCGUUUAUGGCUGGGCAGGUGGGGUCGGCAGCGGCGACCGUGGUCCGUCGCACGGCGGCAGCGCGCGCAGGCGCCACAGCGGCACCCGCCGUCGCGGCGCCGCCUGCGGCCGCAGCUUCCCCGGCCACCGGCCUGACCUCUGACGGGCCAUCAGCAAGCGCUCCAGCAUCUACUGCCGGCAGCUCGCGGCGCGGCGCCGGCAGCAGCCUGCGUGCUGCGCGCGCGGCGCUUGGCGGGCCUCAGGAGAGUGUCCGGGGAGACGACGACCUUCACUUGGAUUCGGAGGAGGACCUGCUGAGGAUGCAGGAUGAGUUCAUCGCCCAGCACAGCCGGCCCGCAGCCGCCGUCACCCGCAUCACCAGGAAGGGCGCGCAGCCAGCGCCAGCGCCAGAGGAGGACGCUGCCUACGCCGCACAUGACAGCAAUGGCGGGGUAAGCAGCGUCGACGCUGAGGAAGCCGCGGGAGCAUCGAGCUUUACGCCGGCACGCGGCGACCUGGCGGCAGCGGUGGCGGCGGCGGUGGCGCGCGUGGGGCAGGGGCGGCAGCCGCCGGAGGGAGCGUCGACGCAGCUGCGGCCGCAGGCGGCAACACGCGUGGAGGAGGGUCCAGGGGGCGAGGGAGAGCAGGGAGAGCCGGAACAUGAGCAGCCUCGAAGCAUCCUGGCCCCCAUUGAGGGCUUGUUGGGAGACAUUGUGGAGCGGCAGCCGCCGCCGCCGGCCGACCUGGUGCCGGUGCAGCCGCCGGUGCAGACAGCGCGGCCCGCAGCGCCCAUGCCAUCCCGUCAACAGCCGCUAGUGCAGCCCGCACCCGCGGGGGCAGCGGCUGGGCCGGGCGCGGCGGUGGCCGCAGGGGCCCCUGCAGCAGCAGUGGCGGCGGCGGCAUCUGGGGCGGGCGCAGGCGCGGGGUUGGGCGUUGUGGAGCGGGACGUGGUCACGCCCUUCCCGGACGCGAUGCCAGGCGCCGCCGGCACAGGGCCGGCCGCGUCCGGCCUCCUCGUGUCCGCCGCGGGCUUUCCGGAGGCCACGCACCGGCGCCAGUCCAAAUUCGCGCUCAGCCGCAAAGCCAAGCAGGACGCCGGUCAGCCCGGGCCCAUGGGAACAGCGCCAGCUGCGGCGGCGGCGCCAUCAGGGCUGCUGCAGUCGCAGGCACGGUCCGCCGUGGGACCGGCACGCACGGCGUCCGCCAACGGCGGCACCAGCGGCGGCGGCGCCGCCGGCGGUGGCUGGCACAGCACGACAUCCAUCACUGUGGACACGCUCAGCGACUGGAACCUGCUGCCCACCGGCCCCACCGCCGCAGCCACUGCUGCCACCACUGCUGCCACCGCUGCACCAGGUGGCAUCAGCGCCGCCGAGGUCGCGUCAGAGGCCGCAGUCGCUGCCGCAACCGCAGGCGCGGAUGCGGAUGCGGGCCUUGGUGCGGGCCUAGGCGCGGGCCUAGGUCAAGGUGAGGGGUUGGGUGACAUCUCGGCUCGCAACCGGGAGGCGGUGGCGGCAAUGGAUCCGCGCCAGGUGGCGGCGGCGCUGGCGGAGCUGUCCAGCCGCAUGAGCCCCGAGGCACUGGACUUCCUGCGGCGCCGAGGGGCGCAGCGCCUGGGGCAGCAGGGGCAGGGAGCAGGAGCAGGCGGAGGCGGAGGAGUUGGGGGAGUAGCAGGAGCAGCAGCAGGAGGACCAGGGGCUGCAGCAGGAGGAAAAGCAGGGGCGGGGUUGCGGGCGGUGGCGGCGGUGGCGAGGGGCGGCAGCGGCGGGGCCGGUGCGGGGGCGGGUGCGGAUGCGGAGAUGGCGUCGUGCACCACGCAGGAGGCCAGCAACGCGCUCAUUGACAGCGCGCUGAGGGCGCUGAUGGAGCCGGGAGUUGGUGGUGGAGAUGGUGGAGGUGGAGUCAGGGCGGCGGGGUCGCGUGAGGGUGCGGGCCUGCCUGCGUCCGUGGCGGCGCCGGACAGCGCGGUGGGCUCGGUGCCCAUCGGCGCGCUGGUGGCGGCACAGCAGCGGCAGCAGCAGCAGCAGCAGGAGGCAGGAGGGCCGCAGGCACAGGGGCAGGCGCAGGGGCAGGCGCAGGGGCAGCAGGUGCAGCAGCGGGAGCGGGAGCGGCGCGGCAGUCCAGCCGACCCGCGGCUGGUGGCGCGGCUGAGGUUCGACGUGGGCGGGGCGGUGGUGGACGUGCAGGCGCCGGACGAGGUGUGGGUGGAGGAGGAGGUGCUGCUGCGCGACCAGCUCCGUCGGGACGAGGGCGCGGCGCCGCCCGGCUACAGCCUGGGCGAGCUGCUACUGCUGUGCCGCAGCGCGGUGGCGGCGCAGCGGGUGGCGGGGCUGGGGCUGGUGGCCGAGCUGAUGGCGUUGGCGAGGCCGCGGCCCGAGGACCUGCGGCUGCACGCGCCGGCGGCGGCUGGGGCGGCUGCAGGAGCAGGUGGAGGCGGAGGAGGUGGAGGAGCAGGUGGAGGUGGAGGAGGCGGAGGAGCAGGUGGAGGAGGUGGCGGGGCGUGGGUGGCAGGCGCCAUGGUGCGGCGCUUCGUGCCCAUACCAGAGCACCUGCGCGACCGCGCCCCCGCCUGCAGUGUGUCGUGGCAGGAGGUGUGGCAGUUCUUCAUCUCCGAGUUGGGUCUGGUGGCGCACCUGAGGCUGGCGCUGGACGACGACCGGCCCGCGGUGGUGGCGGCGGCGGCGGCGGCGCUGGCAGCGGUGCUGGCCCGCACCGAGUCGGAGCUGCUGGCGGCCGAGCUGGCGGACACCUGCCCCGCCACCGGCUGGCCCGCGCCGCCCGCCGCCGCCUACCUGGCUCGGCCCGGCCUCACGGCGCCCUGGCAGCCGCAGCCGCCGGCGCAGCCGCAGCCGCACCAGCCGCAGCACCAGCCCAGCGGCCCGGAUGACGAGGGGCCGGACGCGCCCGAGGACGUGGCGCUGAUUGACCCGGUGGCGGGGGCGCUGCAGAUGGGGCUGCUGCAGCGGGCCAGGUACCUACUGGCCUCGCGCCUGGCCCCCGGGGCGCUGCUGCCGCUGCUGGCGGUGUUGGCUGCAGUGGCGCGCUCGGGCGCAGACGCCGCGCUGGCCCUUGCUCGCGAGCCGGGCCUACUGGCGGCGGUGGGGGCGCUGCUGGACCCGGCGGCGGCGGUGGCGGCGGCGGCCACCACUGAGCCUGCAAGCGAGGGAGCAUCGGGUGGUGGUGGUGAAGAAGAGAUGGAGGCGGAGGCGGGGAUGGGGGUGGCUGUGAGCAGCGGCGGCGGCAUAGGCGGCGGCAGCGGUGCGGUGCAGGCGGCGGCACUGGUCCUGGUGCGGCAGCUGUGCUGCGCCUCCUCCGUUGCGGCGCAGCUGGCCAGGGCGAGCGGCCUACUGAAGCACACGCAGCCGUUCAUCAUGCUGGCAGCCCCUGGCGGCGCCGCCACGGACGUCUUGUACAGCUGCAGCGGUGUUGGCGGCGCCGCCGCCGUCAACGGCUCGGCGGCGCCCGCCACCAAACCUGACGCUGGCGCUGCUGCGGCUGGAUUCGACUCCGUGUACGGCAGCAUCGCCCACCUGCUACUGCCGCAGCUGCCCCAGCGGCAGGAGCAGGAGCAGGAGCAGCUACAGCCGGCGGCGCCGCCGCCUUCGGCGGCGGCUGACACGGUCCGCAUGCUGACGUCAGCCGAGUCGUAUCUUUUGCUGGCGGCGCUGGUACGGCACUCGGUGGCGGCGGCGGGCGGCGACGUCACCAUUGGCCGCGCCAUGCUGGCACCCGGCGCCGCCGCCGCCAUCGCCGCUGACGCGCUGGCGUGGCUGCGGCCGCCGCGCGGCGCCGGUGGCGGCGGCGCCGCCGCCGCCGCAAGCGGACUUCGCAGCGUGGCCGCCGCCGCCGUCGCGCGCUGUAACCUGGUGGUGCCGCUGCUGACGGCGGCGGGCGCAGGUGGUGGCGGCGCAGAUGGACACGCCACCAAUGGCGGCGGCGGCCCGAGCGGCGGGCUGCUGAAGGCGCUGUUCGGCGCGCACGCGGCGGUGCUACUGCCGCCGGCGGCGGCGCACGUGGCCUGCUUGGCGGCUGUAGCAUCCUUUCUGGGCGUGUACUGGAGCACGGUGGCGCCUGAUCAGGACGUGUUCGGCGAGGUGCGGGCGGCGCUGGCGGCGUCAGGGCUGCUGCCGCUACAGCCGGGGCCAUCGGCGGCGCAGCCCAAUGGCGUGGCGUUGGAGCAGUACGGCAAGCAGGAUGAAAAGGAGGAGCAGCAGGAGGUGUUUGCGCCGCCGGCGCAGUCGCCGACGGACACGCUGGCGAUGGCUCUGCUGCGAGGCGGCGGCAGUAGCACCCGUGGCAGUAGCAGCGGUGCGGGUGGCGAGGCGCAUGUGGGCGCGGCGCUGACGGCGUGGGCUCUGGCGGCGCUAGUUGUGCCGGAGGCGGCUGUGGCGACGGCGCCGGCCUCGUCACGCGCUGCUGCCAGCGGCGGCGGCAGUGGCGGCGGCAAUGACGGCGGCGUGGGUGACGGCGGCCUUAAGCUGGCGGCGCUCGCCGCCGCCUGCCUGCAGGUGGCGGCGGCAGCGCUGCUGUACAGCACCCUCCAGCUCGCCGCUGCCGUACACCGCAGCAGCGGCAGUAGCAGCAGCAGCAGCAGCAGCAGCAGUAGCUCCACCGCCACCAGCGGCGCCAGCACCAACGGUGCUACAGCCCCUGCCAAUGGCAGCAGUGCGCCGUCACCAUCGCCGGCUGUAGCUGCGGCGGCGCCGCUGGAGCAGCUGGCGGCGGCGGUGGUGCUGGCGGCGGCGCCGCUGUGCUGUCAGGCGGGCGCGGCGGUGCCGGCCAUGGUGGGUCGCGUGCUGUGCCCGUGGCACGCCGCCGCCAUGCAGCGGCAGCUGCACCUCUCACGCCUGCUACUGCUGGCGGGCACGCUACUGCCGCCCGCCCCCUACUUCAGCUUCAGCAGCGAAAUUACUGCAGCUGCCUCUGCCAGUGCUGCUGCUACUGCCAGUGUGGAGGCAAGUGGGCGGGACAGGGAUGCCGUUGCGCGGGUGCAGCGGGCGCUAGUGGGCGGCUGCCUGGCGGCGUUGUCGGCGGCGCCGCCAGGCGGCGAGGGCGGCUGCCUGACGGCGCUGCGGCUGGCGCUGCGCGGAGAGCUGCUGGCGGCGCCGCUGGCGGCGGCGCACGCCGCGGCGGCGGCCCUGGCGGCGCGGAACCCCAAGCUGGCGGCGGCCGCCGCCGGCGUCGCCGCCGCCCUGGACCUCCCCAGCUCCGGCGAUGCGGCGGCGGCGGUGUUUCCGCUGCCGGCGGCGCCGCCGGAUGCCUGGCAGGCGGCGGCGGCGGCCGAGACCCUUUUCGAGUCGUACGCCGCCUCCUGGCUGUCGCUCAUCUCGCAGCGGCGCAUUGCAGGCGGUGGCGGCGCCGCCGCCGCCACCGCCGCCGCCACCACUUCCUCUCCUCAGCCGCUGCCGCUGCCGCGAGUGAACCCGCUGGAGCUGACGCCGGUGUCGCUGCAGGGCCAGGCGGGCUCACGACUGCCCGCGCCCGCCACGUGGGCCCUGCUGGAGGCACACCGCCUGCCGCCGCCGCAGCAGCGGCCGCCGGCAGCGGCAGCGGCAGCGGCAUCUGAGGCGGCCGAUACGGCGCAGCAGCCAGACCAGCAGCGCGCCUCGCAAGCGGCAUCGCAGCAGGCACAGCAGGCGCCACCGCCGCACCCGGUGGGGUGUGCGCUCAUGCUGGCUCUGGGCCUGGAGACACAGCACGAUCGGGCAGCAGCGGCAUCAGUGGCGGCGGCACACGCCAGUCGCGGCGGUGAUCUCCACGGCGGCAGCGCCGCCGCCAGCAGUGCUCUUGCCUGGGUCCCGGGCGCUACCAAGGUGCAGGCGGCGCUGCAAGCCACCUACCUGUUCCGGGCGGGGGAGAUGCUGCCGCAGCCGCAGGCGCAGGCGCGGGCGAGGCCGGCGGCUGAUGGGGAGGAGGAGGACGACGAUGCGGGCGAGGGCAGCUGGCGGGAGCCGGCGGCGCGGUGGGCGCUGGCGGGGCUGCUGCAGCGGCAUGUGCUGGGGGGUGCAGGCGACGGCGGCGGCAGUGCUAGCGGCGAACAGCCCCUGACGCCGCCCGGCCCCCCCGGCCCCGAGUGGCUGCCCGCCGCGCUGUCGGAGCGGCUGGUGGAGGCGCUGCACAGCACCUGCUUCGGCGAGCCGCUGCUGGGCGGGCUGCUGGGCUGCGCGCUGGCGCCGGCGGCCAGCCCCGUGGUGCGGCUGCAGGUGUGGAACGGCCUGGCAUUGGAGAAGGCGCUGCACCUGCUGCCGCCCCUGCGCCGCUGCUUUGGACCGCCCGCGCAGUACCUGCCGCCCCCGACUGCUGCCUCUGCUGCUGCUACUGCCAGCCCCGACCCCGCGUUCCUGGCGGCGGUGCAGCGCUCCCUCGUGGAGGGAGACCUGGACAAGGCGCUACAGCCGCUGCUGCCGCCCCCUGCCUCCACCGCCUCCACCGCUACUGCUACAGCCGCCGCUGCCUCUGCUGCCGCUGCUGCUGCUACAGCCGCCGCUGCCGCGUGCUCGUCUGUGUCUGCCGAGGUGGGGCUGCACACACUGGCCACGUGGCUGCUGGACCGCAGCCGCUGGCCGGCUGUGGAGCGGGCGUUGAAGACCGCCGGCGCCGCGGCGACACUGGGCGCGGCGCCGGCCAGCGAUGCUGCAGCCGCUGCUGGUGCUGAUGUAGCCGACUCAGACAAGCAGGAGGGCGCUGGGGCAAGGCCGCUGGUUGCAGGGGCGGGCGCGGGCGCGCCGGCCGCAGCGGCGAUGCUCGGUGGGCUGGUGCGGUGCGCGGCGCCGGAGGCGGUGGCGCAGCUGGUGCUGUUUGCGGAGGCGCGGUGCGGGCUGGCGCGCGGGGACAGCGCGGCGGUACUGGCGCAGACGUGUGCGGGCGACACGGGGCUGAGGGAGCGGGUGCGGCAGGUGCUGGCGCUGUGCGGGCUCGCGUGAGUGUGUGAUGGGACAGUGUCAAGGCAGGUUGGUAAAGUCCCGUAGGGUGCAGCUGAUUCCCAGAACCCAGCAGAUGACAAACAAUUUGCAACGGCAGGGCAGGAGUACGCGGCCGGUCGAACGCCGGAGUUACUGUACCGACGAGUUGCUGGCUGGCUGGAAGUUUGCUGAUGCGCAUUCCUCACGCUCCGGGCGCCCGGCCAGGCGAUAGCACCACACAGACACACCGCAACGCCACACUCGCGGGCUCGCGUGAGGGGGUUUGCAAGGAUGUUCGGGAAAGCGGUACAGGGUGCACUGAUGACUGCUGGGGGGGUGAUAUAUUGUGUGUUUGUCAGGGUGCACACGGGGAGGCGGAGCGGAGGACGACGUGCAUGUAUGGGGUGCGGUCGCGCGGAUGCGUGGCUGAAAUGUUUGGAAGGCUGGGUAGGUGGUUGGUCACGGCAUCGGUAAGGUCACGCGCGUCGACUUCGUCUGGACCUCAGCGAGCGCUGUGUGCAACUGUGUAGCCUGUCGUGUAACCUCAGAAUUAC